AUGAAGGGUGCCUUGAUAUCAAAGAGGAAGGGGAGGAGCUUGAUGAAUGGUUUAACUGAAUUUACACCCAACACACCUGGUGGAGUAGGCAACAUCCCUGUUCAAAGGUGGAGUGGGCAUGCUUUCAACCCCAAGUCCAAGUCAGCCAUGGUGUUGAACAAUUGUUGUGAGUCAUUUAAUUCGGUUUUGAGGGAGUGUAGAAACAAACCUAUAUUGAGCAUGAUGGAGUGGAUAAGAAGAUAUGUCAUGGCAAGGGCUUUCAACAAAAGGGAAGGAUGUAGGAAUUAUCAUGGAUCAAUCAUGCCAGCUGCUAUGAAGGUGCUCAAAAGUGCCCAAGAAAUGUCCAAGAACUGCUUUGAGACAAUUUCUGAUAUUGACUUGUUUGAGGUUGAUCAUGAUGGAGAUAGAUGGGUGGUUGACUUGAAAAGGCAUUCAUGUGGUUGUUUCAGAUGGGAUUUGACAGGAAUCCCUUGCUAUCAUGCAUUCAAAUGCAUCAUGGCAUUCAGGGGCAACCCUGAAAUGUAUGUGCACAAGGCAUACAGUAAGGAGAUGUAUGCAUUAGCCUAUGCACCUAUUUUCCAACCAAUGCCUGGAAUGAAGCAAUGGGAUUCUACAGAGCAUCCUAAACCUAACCCUCCUGGUGUGAAAAAGCUCUCUGGCAGACCAUCACAAAAAAAAAGAAUCAAAGAGAAGGGUGAGGGGGAAGCUGAACAUGAACCUCCAGUACUAAGAAAGAGGAAGCCCAAUGCAUGCAGUAACUGUGGAGGUCUAGGCCACAAUAAAAGCAAAUGCAAGAACCCACUUGCACCCCCUAAACCUCCAGCAAAAAGAGGAAGGCCAAUGAGUGAUGGUGUACCAAAACAAGCCAUAAAGAAGAAAAGGGGAAAAAUGAGCCAAAGUCAAGAAGAAAUCAACAACAACUCCUCACAACCAGUAGAUUCAUCUCAAACAUCUCACACUUGA